AGCUCUGGCGAACACAGCUUGUUUUGGAGGAAGUGAAGAGAGCUCGUUCAACUAGAUGCUAGCAGGUUAGCUUGACAGGAAAAGUCAGUGUCAACGUAAACCUGGCCGUCGUGCUGAAAUAUUUUCAUCGACAGUGUUGCUUGUGGUAGGCAGGCUCAGUAGAGAGGCUAGAUAUUCGACAGCGACUUGGCUGUGGACACUCUAAACGUGUUGUUUUGUUACGGGAAGACGUUUGUUGGAGCUGUUAGCCUACUGCGCGUUAGCUUGGCUCUACCAUUAGAGGUAGAGAAAAAAGACCACAUUUGAGUUUCUUGUUUUAUUUGUUUUUCUUUCCAUCCAAAGACUCGCCUCACAGCUGUGGGACAAUGACGUCAAGGAAGAAAGUCCUUCUCAAAGUCAUCAUCCUUGGAGACUCUGGAGUUGGGAAGACCUCAUUAAUGAACCAGUAUGUGAAUAAGAAGUUCAGCAACCAGUACAAAGCCACAAUUGGAGCUGAUUUCCUGACAAAAGAAGUCAUGGUAGAUGACAGACUUGUCACAAUGCAGAUUUGGGACACAGCAGGCCAAGAGAGAUUCCAGUCCUUAGGAGUAGCGUUCUACCGUGGAGCCGACUGCUGUGUUCUGGUGUUUGAUGUGACUGCGCCCAACACCUUCAAGACCCUAGACAGCUGGAGGGACGAGUUCUUGAUUCAGGCUAGCCCACGAGACCCAGAGAAUUUCCCCUUCGUCGUCUUGGGCAACAAGAUCGACUUGGAGAACAGACAGGUGACAACCAAACGAGCACAGGCUUGGUGUCAGAGCAAGAACAACAUCCCGUAUUUUGAAACCAGCGCCAAGGAGGCAAUCAACGUGGAGCAGGCCUUCCAGACUAUUGCACGCAAUGCUCUAAAACAGGAGACUGAAGUGGAGUUGUACAAUGAGUUCCCGGAGCCGAUAAAGCUGGGCAGGAACGAGCAAGCCAAGCCGUCUGCAGAAGCCUGCAGCUGCUGAGGACACUGAAGGAGAUCAUCAGGGGCCCAUCAUUGCCCUCAACACCCUGUCUUGCCUUGUCUAUAUAUAUAUCCCUUUCCCUAUGGCCAACUGUGUUAUACCCCAAUGCCCACCAUACAAGCAGCAUCCCAUUCAUCAAGAAUAUUACGACACAGAUGCGCUGCAGUCACAUCUUUACGUAAGACAAAACACACAUUUUCUAUAAAAUACAAGCCUAGUCCAAAGAAGACCUUAAGGAAAUUGGACAGUUAAUUGUAUGAUGCUCGUUACGCCCCAGUGUUUACCCUCGUGUCUCUAUGGUGGUUUGGGUUAAUUUCAUUUUCAGUCCCAGUUUUGGUCCUAACUUUUAUUUUGAUACUUUAGGUGGGAAAUAUAAACACAACUUCUGUUUGUACGUAGAGGUUUUGAUUUAGGUUACAGAUUGUUUUUGUUUUUAAUCAAAACAUCAUUAAUAGUGAUGGUCUUUGACAGCACAUCACUGCUGCAUGAACGAGGAAACACUGCUACCCCAUAUUUUACUCAUCUGUGUUGUGACUCAAAUUACUGUCACUCUUGGUAAUACUCGUUACCAUGGUUUCACCUAAACCUCGUGAAAAUGAGUUCUGCUUCAUUGGAGACACGUGUGAAUUUGCACAAGUUAAUAAUAUGCUCACACUUAUUGAAUGACAGAACUGAGAACAUGGUGCAACAACUCCAUCAGACACGUGUUUAUUUUAUUUUAUUUUAUUUUUCCACUUUGUCAUAUUCAGUAACUUAAUUCUGUGGAGACAACUCAUUUUGAGUGGUUGCUGCUCAGGUCGAGCCUCAGCUCCUCGUCAGUGCUGUUCCUCUCCUAAAGGACUUAUGGUUCAUCUUGUGAUCCAUUACUCUCCAUGUUUUUGACACAGGAAUGACCCAAUUUCAUCUACCUGACAGACCCGGAGAUUUAAUUUACAGUUACCCAAUUUUUAUUUUUUAUUGUUCCUGCAGAUUCAUGCAAGAAUUUAUAAAGUUGCAAUCAUUACUUAGGGAAGGCACACCGUGUUGUAAAUCUCCAUACCCGACUCUACCGGUAGCUUGUUGACGAACACUUCAUGUGCUUAACUUUUCUUUUAAACAAUCGACUCUUUAACUGUCUGUAUUAUGUUGAAACUCGGAAUGCAUACAUACUUUAACUCAAAAAGUUGGGGGAAGAUGUGGGGAAAGUAUUUGGCAUUCAUUGUUAUUAUUAUUACAUAUUAAUAUGAUAAAUGCACAGCAUCUACAUUGUUUCAAAAUGUCUUUGCGUUUCAAGUAAUGAGGAAAAUAAAAAUAUUGACUAAAGCA